UAAUCUCAUUUCAGUUUACAUAUAUUGCUCUCUUUGCUUCCUUUUUGUUUGCUUUUGGUAUUACAUUGCUCCCAAGUUUACAGUUGAAAGUUACAAAUUUCUGCAGACGCCAUGGGGAAGACGAUCGAGAUUUACGGAUUCCGGCGGGACGUCACCGCGGAGGAAGUGAAGGAAUUCCUGGAGAAUCACACGGGAGACGGAACCGUAUCGGCGGUGAGGAUCGCGGAAUUCAGAGACGAAAAUUCCCGGUUCACAUUCGCGACGGUCCAGUUCUCGAGCGAGUUGGCGGCGGGGCACGUGGUGUCUCAGGCGGCUGCGGAGGAGCGGCUCUGGUACGGCAGCUCGUACCUGAAGGCCAGGGAAGCGGAUCGGCAGAACAGGCGCGGCGGCGUGGGCGUGGAGAGAAUGGAGAAUUUGACGCUUCACUUGGGGAGCCAGAUUUCGAAGGAGAAAUUGAGCGUGAUUUGGAAAGGGGAAAAUUGUAGCGUGGAAUUUGGGAGUGGAGUGAGAAAAUUGUUUGUGUACGUGAAUUUGGAGUACAAGAUGGAGGUGUGGUUCGAGAGUAUUUUGAGAGUUCAGCUUCGUUGCCCACCCGACGGAGCUUCCAAGUUUCUUCUCAUUCAGUUGCAGCGCGCUCCACGGAUUUUCAAGAAAAGCUCGUCUUCUUCUUCUUCAUCUUCAUCUUCAUCUUCUUCUCGAUUCUAUUUCAAGGAAUCUCAAUCUAGUGGUUCCCGUUGGAUUAGGGAUGUCGAUUUCACUCCAUCUUCUUGCAUUGGACAAUCAUUUGCUCUGUGCUUGGAGCUUUCUCCCGGAGAUCAGCUUCCUUCUUUCUUCAAAACAUUGGUUGGAUACGAAGAAAUUUAUGGCCCCUUCAAUUUGGAGACAGGUUCUUCUUUCUCUUCCACUUCAAAUCUGGUUCCUAUUGUUACUCCACCCCAAGGCUUUGAUUUCUCUUUUAAGAUUUUGUUCAAAAUCAAUGCGCUGGUUCAACACGGUUAUCUUCCUGGACCAUUACUGGACGAUGAAUUCUUCCGACUGGUCGAUCCCAGUCGGUUUCGUCCUGAAUACAUCGAACGUGCCCUAGAAAAACUAUUUAAUUUGAAGGAAUGUUUCUACGAACCCCAAAAAUGGCUCAAGCAGCAAUAUCUGUCAUACUACAACUCUAAGCAGCUUCCAUGGAAGCCUGAUAUCUCUUUGGAUGAUGGCCUGGUCUAUGUGCACAGGGUUCAAAUCACACCUUCUAAGGUCUACUUCCGUGGUCCGGAGGCGAAUCUUUCCAACCGGGUAGUACGUCAGUACUCUGAUGAUAUUGAUAAUUUUAUUAGGGUAUCUUUUGUUGAUGAGGAGUUGGAUAAAAUCCGUUCCAUAGAUCUGUCGCCGCGUACAUCUACUGCAAAUGGUGAAAGAACUAGAGUUUAUGAUAGAAUAUUAUCUACUUUAAGGAAUGGUAUCGUCAUUGGUGACAAGAAAUUCGAGUUUCUUGCUUUCUCGGCAAGUCAACUACGGGAAAAUUCUGUUUGGAUGUUUGCUUCGAGGGAGGGGCUUAGUGCAGCAGAUAUUAGAGAGUGGAUGGGUGAUUUUCGUCAGAUAAGAAAUGUGGCCAAAUAUGCUGCUCGACUUGGACAAUCUUUUGGCUCAUCUAGAAAAACUUUGUGUGUUGAAGAACAUGAAAUUGAAGUCAUUACUGAUGUAGAAGUUGAAACAAAUAACGUCACAUAUUGUUUCUCUGACGGCAUAGGAAAAAUAUCUGAAACAUUGGCUGAGAAGGUUGCUGAAAGAUGUGGCUUGAUCAAUCAUACACCAUCUGCCUUCCAGAUCCGAUAUGCUGGAUACAAAGGCGUUGUUGCUAUUGAUCCAACAUCGGAAAAGAAAUUGUCACUAAGAAAGAGUAUGUUGAAGUAUAAGUCACUUGACACCCAACUAGAUGUUUUAGCAUGGAGCAAGUAUCUGCCCUGUUUUCUUAAUCGUCAGGUGAUCAACCUUUUGUCCACCCUCGGAAUUAAGGACCGUGUUUUUGAGAAGAAACAAAAGGAGGCUAUAUAUCAACUGAAUUGUAUUUUAAAAGACCCAUCAAGGGCAUUAGAGGUUUUGGAGUUGAUGUCCCCAGGGGAGAUGACCAGCGUUCUGAAGGAAAUGCUUUUGUAUUACAAACCAAACAAAGAGCCUUUUCUUAAUAUGAUGCUACGAACAUUUCGGGCAGAUAAAUUGUUAGACUUGAGGACCAAAUCAAGGAUAUUUGUUCCCAAGGGAAGGACCAUGAUGGGCUGCCUAGAUGAAACCGGGACUCUAAAAUAUGGUCAGGUGUUUGUGCAAUGCUCUGUCCCUGGUAGAUCAAGUGAAAGCAAUUUCAUUCCUGAGGGAAAAGUAGUCGUCGCUAAAAACCCCUGUUUACACCCAGGGGACAUGCGUGUACUCAAUGCUGUUGAUGUGAAAGCUUUGCAUCAUAUGGUGGAUUGUGUUGUUUUUCCGCAGAAAGGACAGAGACCUCAUCCAAAUGAAUGUUCUGGGAGUGAUUUGGAUGGUGAUUUGUACUUUGUUUGCUGGGAUCCGGAGCUGAAUUGUAUUCGACCCGUUAAACCUAUGAGCUACAAGCCUGCACCAACUAUCCAGUUGGAUCAUGAUGUCACAAUUGAGGAAGUGCAAGAAUAUAUGGCCAACUACAUGGUCAAUGACGGUCUUGGAGCCAUUGCAAAUGCACACACUGUCUUUGCAGAUAGGGAACCUAGGAAGGCAAUGAGUGCUAAAUGUAUCAAACUCGCAAAACUGUUCUCAAUUGCCGUUGACUUCCCGAAGACUGGUGUACCAGCAAACUUACCACCCUUUCUUCGUGUCCACGAGUUUCCAGAUUUCAUGGAGAAGCUCGAUAGACCCGCCUACGAAUCAAAGGGUGUCAUCGGGAAGCUUUUUCGCAGUGUGAAAGAUGUUUCUUUCAACACCAACACCAUUGAAACCUACACUAGGGAAGUUGCUGCUAAAUGCUAUGAUCCAGACAUGGAAAUAGAUGGGUUUGAAAAGUAUUUGAAUGAAGCUUUUGAUUUCAAAACCAGAUAUGAUUACAAGUUGGGGAACCUGAUGGAUUAUUAUGGUAUUAGGACUGAACCAGAAUUAGUCAGCGGAAAUAUCUUAAGAGUGGGAAAGUCUUUCGAUAAAAGGACCGACAUGGAACAAAUUAGCCAUGCCAUGAGGUCACUUAGAAAGGAAGCCAGGGCUUGGUUCAACGAGAAGGGAAGCAAGCCUAGAUGUGACGAUGAUGACAACGGGGACGAGGACGAGGAAUUCGCAAAAGCAUCAGCGUGGUAUCAUGUCACAUAUCAUCAAAGCUAUUGGGGUCGCUAUAACGAAGGCAUGGAAAGAGAUCACUUUCUGAGUUUCCCAUGGUGUGUUUCUGAUAAGCUAAUUCAGAUUAAAAAGAAGAAGAUUUGCCAGGAAAAUUCUUCUCCAAUUUAAUCCUUGACACACAAAUUGGGCAAGCUGAGUUUAUACUAAUUAUGCGCUCUAAUUUUCUCCAAAUUUUAGAACUGCGAUAUAAUAUGUAUGCAUAAGUGUUGGUUUAUAUUAUGUUGGUCUUGUAAUUUUAUGAAGUAUUUUAUUAGGGUUUGUAAUGCCUAAGGUGAUUGGGAUGAAAUGUUUCCUUGAGUUCUAAGGUGAUUGUGAUUUGUAUGAUCCUAUUUAAGAAAUAAAUUUAGAGCUUUCUGUUUGAA